GGGUACAUUGCAGCAGCAGCGUAGACCAAAUAUAGUUCGUUGCUCAACUGGAGAGAGAAUGGAAUCCAGCAUGGAUAUUCUACAUCACACAGGCAUCCAAGCCACACACUUUCUGCAAACCAGCUACCCGGGAUCCCAGGACUGGUUCCUCUUUGUCUCUUUUGCUGCUGACCUCCGAAACACUUUCUUUGUCCUGUUUCCUAUUUGGUUCCAUCUCUGCGAAGCGGUGGGGAUCAAGCUCAUCUGGGUGGCUGUGAUUGGUGACUGGCUAAACCUCGUAUUUAAGUGGAUCCUCUUCGGACAAAGACCCUAUUGGUGGGUACAUGAGACCAGUUUCUACCAGAAUACCUCUGCCCCUGAAAUCCAGCAGUUCCCAGUUACUUGUGAAACUGGCCCAGGGAGUCCUUCUGGCCAUGCAAUGGGUUCAGCUGGUGUAUACUAUGUGAUGGUUACAGCCAUUCUCUCCAUCACCCGGGGGGAGAAACAUCCAUCAUGGAAACAUCGCUUUUUGCAGGCUGUGCUUUGGGCUGCUUUUUGGACCAUCCAAGUCUGUGUCUGUCUCUCUCGUGUCUUCCUGGCCGCUCAUUUUCCACACCAAGUCAUUGCCGGUGUCUUCUCAGGUAUGUUGGUGGCUGAGUCUUUCCAGUACAUCAGUUCCAUCUAUGAUCGCAGCCUGCGGAAGUAUAUAGCUACCACCCUUUUCCUCUUCUCUUUUGCUCUGGGUUUCUACCUACUGCUCAAGGUGCUCGGUGUGGACCUCCUAUGGACUUUGGAGAAGGCUAAGACGUGGUGUGAGCAUCCGGAAUGGGUCCAUCUGGACACUACCCCCUUUGCUGGCCUCUUGCGCAACCUGGGCAUCCUCUUUGGACUGGGGCUGGCCCUUAAUUCCCCAAUGUACGUGGAGAGCUGCAAAAGCAAACAAGGGCAGCAGCUAAACUUUCGGCUGGGCAGCAUUGGUGCCUCGCUCCUUAUCCUGCACCUGUUUGACUCCUUCAAGCCUCCAGCCAAGGUGGAGCUCCUCUUCUACCUAUUUUCUUUUUGCAAAAGUGCUGCUGUGCCCCUGGCAACGGCUGCCCUAAUCCCCUACUGUGUCACCCAACUGCUCAGGGCACAGGACAAGAAAACAUUGUAGUCUGAAGACCAGCACUUUAUAUGAGUGAACUGCUAUGAUGCAAGGUAAUAGGGGCCAAAGCACAAGGUUCUUGGGGAGCCUAUUAUCUAGGUAUUCUGGGCUGGUGGUGCUCCAUGAGCCCGCAUUUGGAUCGUGGUCCCUGCUGGCUUCAGGGUAAGGUUUACCUAUCUGCCCCCAACAUAUCAACCAGGAUCCCUAUUAUUACUGUCCACCUAAGCACUGCCAGUACAGGCUGAUUCUGCUUGUGCAAAGCAUUUCUCUACAGAGGCAAAGAGGCAUUCAUGUUCGCCACCAAGAAGACCAUUUAUGCUUGGUCCUGCCAGCUGAGAUGAUAACAUUCUCUGGGGACAUCUUGGGAUGUGUUUUGUGAUACGAUUGUCAAUGGCAAAGCAGACUAGGCAAGGCACUGUCACUCCAUCCAGCUGCCAGCAUUGCUCACAUCUCAGGGGAACACCACCCUAGGGCAAUUGGGUAUUGGGGCAUGAGGUCAAAUAAUCAGCCUUGUAACGGUUGCAGUGGUUUGCUAUCACUGAAGAAUGCAUGGUAUAUUUUCUGAUGGCAAAGAAGCAGGGUUGAUGAGUUCAGCCCUCAUCGACUGUACCAGUCUUCUCCAGCUUGGUGACCUUUGUAUAUACUGGAUUGGAGCUCCCAUUACCCCAUCAGCCAGUCUGUUAGGGCACCAGGUUAGGGAAGGCUGGAGCGUAGCUAGGUUUUGUUUUUGGUAAAUGUCUGCAUGGUAUAUUUCUAAAGUUGUUGUCUAGAUCCUUUUCUUAUUAAUAAAGCAUGGCAUCUGUUUUGUUAGCAAA